ACCAUUGUAAUCCACCCCCUUUCUGACGGAACUAAUGUUGUGUUGCACAACGAAAUGUUACAUGACCUGACUUCGAACCGGGGAUGUUACACUGAGAUUCACGAUGUCAAGAGCUGGAUGUGUUGUGUCUCGUUUGGCACAGUAUUCUUUGUGUCGUGCUACUCGAAUUGACGCGAUUUCGACAAGUCAGAGACUUAUCCACAGCAGGACCCUAACCCUGACCUCUCAGAGAUCGGCCAAGACAAAGAACCCAGCGGCUGACGACGAUGACGACGAUAAAGUGGUUUCACAACCCAUAAAGUUCUCCACCAGCAAAGGCAGUCACAAGACCUGGAACGUGGACAAGUCGCUCGGCAGCAAGUACGAACGACCUUGGUGGAGAGUGAUUCCCCUCAGCAUCGGUUGCGUCGCUUUCUUGUUGUGGUGCGUGCUGAGAGGAGAGACGGACAUUGACGAGCAGCUGGAGAAGCAUCUCAAUGAACACAUGCCCGGCCUAGUCCCCGAAGAAGACGAAGGGGUCCAGAAUAAAACAGUCUAAAGUUAUUUUCAUCAUCAUUUGAGGUUGUAUUUAUUUUUGGGGCCCAGGUACAUUCAUGGUAUAGUCUGCCUUCACCCUGUGUGCUCUUUGGACAUUUCAACAGUGCUAGAGCUGUCAAGCUUGUGCUAAACAGACACAUUUACUGUCUGCUGAAAGGUUUGACCCUUUGGAAUGUUUUGUUGGCCUAAAAGAUGGUGUGUACAGCAAUAGUGGUAAUCGUCAAACUAACCAACCCUGGCACCAUGUAUUUGGUGCAUCAGGACAGUAAUAUUCAGACUACCAAUAAUAUUCAUCCCUGUAAAUACCAUGUGGCUGUAAAUUAUGGAUAUGCAGAUGCUUGUUGAAUUAAAACACUCUGGAGUUUG